AUGCACUCCAUCUCCCUCAUUGCUCUUCUUGUCCUCGUCGCUGGAGCAUCUGCUCAAUGCUUUGGAGGUGGUUGUGGAGGUGGAUGUUUUGGAAAUAACUGUGGAUGCAAUGGCAACAAUUGUGGACCACAAGUUACUGUUGUCAGUGUUCCAAAUAACAACAAUGGAUGCUCAUGUAAUCCAUGUUACGGUAACAGUUGUGCUCCAAGAUGCAGCUACUGUCCAAACAACUUUGGAUAUUCUUCAUGUUGCAACAAUAACAACUUCUCCUGCUGCGGAUACCGUUAUCGUCGUCAUGCUACCGCUGCUUCUGAAACUGUCGCUGAAGCUACAUCCAACUGA